AUGGCUCCCUUUUCUUUUCCUAUCCAAAGGGACAUAGUGAUCGCUUGUUUCGCCGUCCAUAAUUUUAUAAGGAAAUGCAAUAUUCGUGAUCAAUUAUUUAUGGAGUAUGGCGAGAACACUGUGUUUUCUGAAAUACAAGGGGGAGAAAAUGUUGGCCAGUUCGUUCAGAAUGAGGACGAGGAAGAUGAAUAUAAUGUGGAUGAAGACGCGGGCAACGAAGAAGAUGACGCUCGGGAAAAAAAGGGAAAAACGAAGAGCACGAAUUGGACAAAGCUCGAAGAAGAGGCGUUGGCAAAGGCGUGGGUACAUUGCUCUACCAACAAAAAGAAGGGCAAUCAACAAAACCGCGAAAGUUUUUGGCGUAAGAUUUUAGAGCAUUUUAACAAAACUGUCGGUGGAAGUAACCGGACCGUUCAUCAAGUACGGUCUAAAUGGAACCCGAUGAUGACGAAAAUAAACUUUUUCAACGGCCUAUACCAACAAGCGGAUCGCACACGAGGAAGCGGAUGUAAGGAUCUCGACGUGAUGAAAGUCGCGUUGAAAGAAUUUAAAGAUAAAUUUCCGAACGGUUUUCAACAUGUCGAGGCGUGGGAGGUCGUUCGAAGACACGAGAAAUGGGCCCAAGUCCCAUUGUUGGGUGAGGAAGGUGAAGGUUCGGCACAUAAAAGAAAACCCGUUGAGGUGGACCCUUCGAUACCGGAUAUGAACGAAGACCCCUCGCCACAAAGAGCACAACGGCGAGACAAGCGUCAAGCUACAUCGUCCGAGGGAAGCUCGGCCGAGUUGGCGAAAAGGUGGUACAACAAAAAGGAUGAGUGGAAGACUGCCGCUGAUACCGGAAAGGUGUUGAUUUUGCAUGAUUGGACCAUGGACCCUUGUGAUAACCCCUUAUAA